ACAUCUGGAGUAGUCGGAGAACGGAUUGCCGUCUCGGGAAAUGGCAUCCACUCAAAACCAUUCCGUACGCCAUGGUGCGUCAGUGCAAAUUUCAUACUACUAAUGUAACAAGAGGGCACGGCCACUAUAUAUAAUCCCAUGCACGAGUAAUCUAACAAAACCAUCAAGCAAAGCAGAGCACAAGAAAGAAAGAAAGAAAGAAAGAAAGAAAGGAAGGAAGGAAGGAAGGAAAAAGAACAGAGUGAGAAGGGGCUCGAUCCUCGAGCACAAAAUCUGCAGGCAAGCAAAGAUGGCCGGUGUAGGAGCUGUAGCCGCCGCCAUGUUCAUGUUCCUCCUGGUCGCGCUCUCCGCACCCCACACGGCGUCCUCUCUCCGCCCUGGCGCCAGCCUCGGCACGUGCCGCGCCAGCGGGUACCUCCCGGGCCGCUCCGGCAACUGCGAGAAGAGCAACGACCCGGACUGCUGCGAGGACGGCAAGAUGUACCCGCAGUACCGCUGCUCGCCGCCGGUCACGGCGAGCACCAGGGCCGUGCUGACGCUCAACAGCUUCGAGAAGGGCAAGGACGGCGGCGGCCCCUCGGAGUGCGACAACGCGUACCACAGCGACCAGGAGAAGGUGGUGGCGCUCUCCACGGGCUGGUUCAGCAACAUGGCGCGCUGCGGCCACCGGAUCAAGAUCAGCGCCGCCAACGGCAACUCCGUGUACGCCAAGGUGGUGGACGAGUGCGACUCCGUGCACGGCUGCGACGACGAGCACAACUUCGAGCCGCCGUGCGACAACAACAUCGUCGACGCCUCGCCGGCGGUGUGGGACGCCCUGGGACUCGACCAGAACGUCGGCAUGGUGGACAUCACCUGGUCCGAGCAGUGACGAGAGGACUGCGUUUGCUCCGUCUGUUGCCACUUGAUACGUGCCGUGUACAUACAUGAUACAUUACAUAUGAUUAGAGGAUACAGGUCGUGGGCUCAUUGCCUUAACUAGUGUACUGUAUGCAUGCCAUGUCAUUACUGUAUAUGGAGGAUGUAUAUAUGUCAUUAUUGAAUAUUGAAUAAAUAUUCUUGUGCACUUUUCAUGAG